GGUCGGAGGGCGGUGGUGUUGGCGGUGGUGUUGUGAUUGGGGUGGUGAACAAUUUCUUAGGCCCUCCGACAGCGCAGUGACUCAAUGGCGGCGGGCGCGGUGGGGUUGGUCGCGCGCCCGUCGGCGUCGGCGACCGGCCGUCAUAUCAGCAUGGAGCGUGGCCGGUUCGCGCGUCUGGAUUCGUCGGACGCGGAUGCGACGAGGGCGAUGACGGAGAGAAAGAGCUUCCCGCAUCCCGCAUCGAUGGCGACGGCCGACGCGCCUCGAUGCCUCGAUGCCUCGGUGCCUGGAUGCCUGGCUGCCUGGCUGCCUGGCUGCCUCGCGAUCGGCCCCCGCCGUUCCGCGCAUGAUCCCUGCCGAACAUCAGCGCAUCCGACGACUUCCAGACAUCCAAGGCCAAAGAUUUCCGAUCCAAUCUUUCACAGCCAUGAUACAUAAACUUCCACGGCCCUUCACUGAUCUUCACUCGUCACCCUCGCGUCCCCACCAUGUCGGCCAUGCGCAAGCGCGAUGUAUUUACCUCUCCCACCGCCUUCGUAGCCUAAGGUUCGCAAUACUACUGACGUGAAGCAGACGCGCCCCCCGCCGUCCCCUGACCCCGACGGGCGCAACGUCCGGCCUCGCCUGCGCUCUCGCAGUCAAUCGCCCGCACGAC